CCCUUUUUGAAGGACUACAUAACCAUUCAAAGUGUUGCAUCUUCCUCCAUUGUCACACUUUAUUUUACAGACCUAGGUCAACAAGUCAGUUGGACUACAGUAUUUUUGGCUGAAUACACGGGACCUCUGCUAAUAUAUCUCCUCUUUUAUUUGAGGAUCCCAUAUAUAUAUGACAUGAAAGAGAGCUCUAGAAGAUUACGUCACCCAGUGGUACACUUGGCCUGCUUCUGUCAUUGUAUACACUAUAUCCGAUACCUUUUGGAAACCUUAUUUGUUCACAAGGUUUCUGCAGGACAUACACCUUUGAAAAAUUUGAUAAAGAGUUGUGCCUUUUAUUGGGGAUUCACUUCUUGGAUUGCCUACUACAUUAAUCACCCAUGGUAUACACCACCAUCAUUUGGAAACAGGCAAGUCACAGUAUCUGCUAUCAAUUUUCUGAUUUGUGAAGCUGGAAAUCAUUUCAUCAAUGUAGUGUUGGCUCAUCCCAAUCACACAGGAAAUAAUGCCUGCUUUCCAAGUCCAAAUUAUAACCCUUUUACGUGGAUGUUUUUCCUGGUUUCAUGUCCUAACUACACCUAUGAGAUUGGAUCAUGGAUUAGUUUCACAGUCAUGACGCAAACAUUGCCAGUUGGGAUUUUUACACUUCUGAUGAGUAUCCAGAUGUCUUUGUGGGCACAAAAGAAACAUAAGAUUUACCUGAAGAAAUUCAGUUCUUAUAUGCAUAGGAAAUCAGCAAUGAUUCCAUUUAUAUUGUAAGAAAAAAUAAGUGAUCUUAUCUCAUAUACAGAAAGCAGUAUAUAAACUCACUAAAUCAAACUUGAUAAAGGAUAGUUGCCUAUUAUGCUCCAGAAAUUCACAAACAACAGUAUUUUUGCUUGAGUAAAAAUACAAAAUGGUAGAAUCUAGCUGAAUUUAGAGUAAUAAACUUGAGGUAAAUGAAAAGUAGAAAUUAUCGAUAUAACUAAUGGUAAAUAGCAUCCAGUAUGUUUGCAAGGGACUGAUCCUUGAAUGAGAUGUUCUUACUGCAUUAAAUGUUUCAUAACUAUUUGCUUAAGACCAUUUAGAAUAUCUGAAUUCUAAAAAGUAAAUAUUUUAAAAAGUUGUAACAUUUAAAUCACUUGAAUUUUACAUAUUAUUUUGAUAGUAAUUUAAUUUUUUCUUUAUUGUUCGUUAUUGAGAAAUAUCAAAUGUCUUAUGUCAGUAGUUCAAUUUCCUAUAUUAAAAGUUAAAUAUUUUUAAUU